AUGGCCACUGAUAUCAACCAACUCUGCUGGGAUCAUGCAAUUCAGCUGUUCUUGCACCGGUCCACCCAAGAUCCUAGCAAGCGGCGUCUGGCCAAAUCCCUUCCAGCCUGCAGUCCAGAGGGUCUGGUGAUGGAGGUCCAGCACCACCUGCGUCUGACCGCUACCGCCACUGGUGGGCUAUGGGCAAGGCUGCAACGCUUCGCUGGAGUGCUCUCACCGUAUUGCGUCACGAUAGAUGCUUUCGUUCAACACGAUCCGCAUAAUACCGCUCUGGUUUGGGGGUCCAUCCGGGUCAUUAUUCAGAUCCUCGUCGCCCAACAACAAACUUCCGACGAGAUCAAUGAGGCCUUCGACUUUAUAGGACACCAAGUCGACAAUUACCACAAGUCUCUCAGCCUGUUCCCAGACGAACUGCGAGAGACAACCACGCAGAUAUAUGCCUGCGUGUUCGAGUUGAUCCUGCGCGUCCGGGCCUAUCUCGAACUUCCCCCUAGACGCCGGUUUCUAAAGGCUGCCCUGGGCGCAUUCAGACCUAAACUGGAAAAGGUGCAGCAGUCCAUUCGACGAUGGGAUCAAAUCCGAGAUCAAACGUUUCGACUUGCAGCAGAAAAGGUAAAUCGUUGCGAGGCUGAGCGCGUGCGUGAGAACCAGGCGGGUGAGUCUUGCCACUCCUCGACGCGAUGUCGUAAAAGUUGA